AGCGGAGGAGAAGAAGAAGAAGAAGGAGGAAAAUGGCAGCUCAGUAACGCAGCGGUCCCACGGUGAGGGCACCGAGUAACUGGGGGCAAGUUAACCACCUUUACCUGUGACGUCAUGUCGACUUUGCUCCGGACAGACGGUCACCCCUGACAGCCCCCCCCCCCCCCCGCUGUCAUUGAGGAGAAGUCACGGAAACAAACCGGAACUCAGCGACAAGUUGCUUUCUGCUUGAGUUUGUUGUGAGGAGCGGGUCCUGGUCCUCCUCGGACCUGCUUUCUGAGGAGAUAGUAGUCUGAGUACAAAGGAGUUAAUCCAGAAGUUCUUCAUCAAAGCCCCUUCGAAGGAGAGCCGUGCUGUGUGGAGGCAUGUGAUCUGGAACCGGACUGCAGAGGUCAGGAUCUGAUAUGCCUUCUGGGGACCGCUGCUAGACCUGCACCUGCAAUGUCUGUCAACUCCCUCCUGAGAUGCACCAUCAGGCUGGAGAGGAAACAUGUGGCCACACAUCUGGUCCAUCAGCGAGCGCUGUCGGGGGCCGAUGCCGUCAACGCUCUCAGGCCGCUUUAUUUCGCCGUCCAUCCCGACUUCUUCGGGCAAUACCCCAGAGAACGGGAAGUGAAUGAGAACUCCUUAAAGAGGCUGAACGGCUACCUGGACAGCCUGCAGAAGCCCGGCUCCCGCUCACUCCAACCAAUGAAGCUCACUUUUUAUGUCCGGGACACAAAGGACAGCGGCGAUGUGCAGCCAGACCUCCUGGCCUCGGGGUUCCGGUCCGUGAGCGUCACCCUGCACUCGAGCGACGUCCAGAGCACGGUGACCAACGUGUUGAGGUCCUGCAGCCUGCCCGUGGGGCACCUUAAGGGGCCGAAGGCCAGUGCAGACACACCCAAGAGUCCACCCGAGGCGGGGCGGCCUUUCUACAGACCCAUCAAGUGGGACAAGAGCUACUACACCUUCACCGGGUUCAGAGACCCCGAGGAGGAGCUGCAGCAGGCCAGGAGGGUGGAGCCUGGACUCAUCUUGUGGCUGAGAAACAACGAGCCCGAGGCCACGAAGAAGCACAGCGCUAGUCUUCCUCGGAGGGACGAGCUGAACAGACUGAAGAAGGAACUGUGUCACAGAUUUGAUCUGUCCGACAUUCGGUGGCAGCGCAGCUGGGGGGUGUCCCACAGGUGCUGCCAGCUCCUGAGUCUGAGCCGACUGUCCCAGCAGAACCCUGAGGCCCUGGUCAACCUGCAAGGACACACUGUUGUGUUCGCUGACCAGUCGGGGAUGAACGCCUCUGGACACGUCAUGCUGGGAACCAUGGACGUCCAUCACCAGUGGACCAAACUGUUCGAGCAGCUGCCCGGCUACCGCAGCCUGCAGCAGCAGACGGACUGGCUGAAGGAGAGGAUCAGCCUUCUCCUGGGUGGGACUCAGGUGGUCCACAUGGAGAGGCUAAGACCGGUCCAGUCCAUUGCCGAGCACUACGGCACCCUCAGCUCCUUCCACAAGAGCCUGAUGUCCCGGCGGCUUCGCCUGCACCCCAGGAGCCUGCAGGGGCUCACCAUGCUGUUGGAGAAUGACCGCUCCAGCCCCAGCCUUCAUGAGAUGGGGCACUUCAUCAUCCCCUGCAACGCCGAUCCCCCCAAGCUGCAGGUCUUCCUCCAGAGACACGCCUCCGAGGCCCGACAGCUCACCCAACGCAAAAACCAGCUACAGGCAGAGGAGGAGGCUGUACUGAAGCUGUGUCUGCAGACUCUGUCUCUGAGGAGUCUGUCCAAGGAGGCCGGCGUGAGCUCCAGCCAGAUGAUCCGGUGCUGCAGAAGGCUGGUGGAGCAGCGCCCCCUCCUCAUGCAGGACCUCCACAUCUGUGUUUCACACUUCUACUCCGUCAUGCAGGACGGGGACCUGUGUGUCCCCUGGGACUGGAAGAGCUGAGCAGGAGGGACACGCUCAGCCAACUUCUACCAAUGCUUUUUUUUUUUUAAGAUGUCAGAUGGUCACCACAGAUUUCAUAUCAGUUCAUUCUCAAAGAAACUUUUAGAAACACGUUUAAUUCAAGCUGACUGUCAAGCACUUGAUCCUCUGAGUGGAGAAGCCAAAAGGGAGAAUAUGAUUGACAGCUGAGAUCAGUGGUUUCUAAGCUUCUUUUUUUAAACCAGGUUUGCCGAAGUGAAUACUUUUCUGUUCACUAACAAAGCAUGAAAUAUUGGUUCCGUUCCAAACCAUCAAUGUGGCGACUGAUGUUUAAAUCUGAAAAUCCAACUAUGUACACAUGUGAAUAGAACUAAUGUAUGCGAUGGUAAAGGAACCAGGGUCUGGACUUUGUAAAGAUGUCGGAGCUGUUAAGAUUGUUCCUCUCAAAUUAAAGUGCUCAUGUCAGACUUGACUGUUUAUCGAGAUAUCCAUUAAAUAUAAUAUAUUUA